GGGUGCAGUAGCACCAAGGAGCCUGCAGGGGAGGCUAGGCCGGGAGGCUGCGGGCCGUUCUCGCCGUCCUCCUGGCCAGACCGGCAAUUGCGGUUAAAACCUGCAGAUCUCCCCGCCUCCCCGGUCUCUGUCUUUCCCGGCCGGCUUUCUGUCCCCUCUCUGUCUCCGUACCGGACGCUUUGUGUCAAUUUCCUGGCUUCUGUUACUUUGUGUCAAUGGGGAGCUGAGCCGGAGAAGAGGAUGAGCAGGUGGUCCAGGUGGCUGCGGCUUCCCUAGCGCGGCGAGGCGAGCGAAGGGAGGGCGAGGCCGACCAGGAGGAAGAGGUGGAGGAAAAAGGUGGGGGGGGCGCUCAGCCUGCUCGCCUUUGUUCCCGAACCCCUGCCCGGGGCUGCUCUCCAGCCCCAGCUGCCCGCUCCUACACCCUCCGCGAGCCGGGCUGGGCGCCUCUCCGGGAUUCCCACCGUGAGCACAACCCCGGCUGAGGCAGAAGCAGGAGCCGGCGCUCCCAACAUGGCUGAAAUCAGCAUCGACCAGUCCAAGCUUCCCGGAGUGAAAGAAGUGUGCCGGGACUUUGCUGUGUUAGAGGACCAUACGCUGGCGCACAAUCUCCAGGAACAAGAAAUUGAACACCACCUGGCAUCCAACGUGCAGAGGAACCGCCUGGUUCAGUACGAUCUCCAGGUGGCCAAGCAGCUGCAGGAAGAGGAGGACCUGAAGGCCCGCGCUCACAUCCAGAAACGCUACAAAGACAUAGAACAGCAGGACUGUGAAAUCGCUCAGGAAAUCCAAGUGAAGCUGGUCAUUGAGGCGGAACGCAGGCGCCUUCAAGAGGAGAAGGAUGAGGACAUUGCUCGCCUAUUGCAAGAGAGAGAGUUACAAGACGAGAAAAGGCGGAAGAAGCGCUCCCCAGAGUCCCCUGGGCCCCACACUUACGAUGACAGUUACUACCUGGCCAAUGGAGAUCCUCCAAGGUCAAGGAGGAACAGAAAGCUGGGUUCUGAGCCCCCAAGGUCUCGAAGGCACCAAGAAGAUAGGUCUGUGAGGAGGAGGAGGGACAGACCUAACAGGCCUUCAGAAGACAUGGAAGAAUGCAAGGACCAGUACAUCAUGGAGAAUUCUGUGUCAUCCCUCGGGCUUAGCAAGACAAGGGACGGUCCCCAGACUAGCUGGGAACCCCAGGAAAGGAAGUCCUCUGGUCACGAGAGACUUCCAAGAUCUCCCCUUCCCAAGAUCAGUGGGGAGGUUUUACUGAGCACUAAGAAUGAUGAUUGGGACUGCAGCCGUGGCCAUGGUUCUGUGAGGCAUUCCGACAGCCCUCGAUCCCACCACCAAGACGGACUCUCACCCAAGUGCUUCCAGAAGCCCGGGUCUCAUAGGAAAGAAGAAAGGCAUAAGAGAGACCGUGGGAUGGGGGAAUCGAGAGAUAAGAGGGAAGGUCACAGGACAAGGAUACCUCUCUCCUCCCAGAGUGAGGAAAGACACUAUUUCAAUGAAACAGGAAUGAAGCCGAGGGGAACAAAAGAAGCCAUCUAUACACAGCCAAGAAUGGCCCACAGGGACCAGGAAUUGUAUGAUGCAGAAAUUGCCAGGAAACUUCAGGAAGAAGAACUCAUGGCUAAUCAGGUGGACAAGAGAGCAGCCCAAGUGGCACAGGAUGAGGAGAUUGCCCGGAUGCUCAUGGCUGAAGAGAAGAAAGCCUACAAGAAGGCAAAGGAACGGGAGAAGUCCUCCCUGGAAAAGAGGAAGCAGGAUCCAGACUGGAAGUCCAAAACAUCAGAACCAGCAAGACCCAGGUCCAGGGAGGCCCAUGAAAUAACCUGGUCUAAGAAUGAAAAGCCAGCUCGGCCUCCACCCCCCUCCAUGAUGGAUGCCAAGGACCUAGACUACACACAUUUCACAAACCAGCAUAGUUCCACACGUCCAUUUUCCAAACCUGAGUCAUCUCAUAGAGGUCACCGUUCCAAGCAGUAAAGACAAAGAACCAGCCUUAGAUGGACUCCCUGUAGUCAAUGUUACUGGAUUAGAUCAGAUGCCCUCCUCAUUUGCUUUUGUUUCGGUUUACCUCCUAAAUUUGCAUCACCAGAAUUGUGUCUUCUCAAUUCCCCUCUGGCCAUUCUAAGUAUUUGUUUAUUUCAAAGGUUCUAAUUCCUCCAGUUUACUUGGGCAGUAUAAUAAUCUCUAGAGCUGGGCUGUUUCCUCAGUAUAGCCACUCCUUUGGGUGAGGAGUUUAUUUCGGAGAUCUUUGAAAUCCUAUUUUGGUCCAAGCUAGCAGAGGGAAGAGUUUUCUUUGAUACCUCCUGAUUUUUAUCGAAGGAGGCCUUGGCUGGAACCACAUACAACAAACUCCUGGAAGAAAUCAUUUCAGUCAUUUGUGCACUAAGUGACGUGAGAGAUGGUGUUUACUCUGCUCUGCAAGAAACUUAAUAUAAAACAAGCCAAAAAAGCAUGACAUCCAAAGGGACAAAGAGACAUAUGACCUGGCACAAUGGGAUUCUUUCCUCUUGAGUAGCAGAAAGCAGAGAAAUUCAUGUUACGUGUAUAAACCCCAGUUCCAACCCAAUAAGAAAAGUGCUACAGAGCUCUAGCCCCAGUCUGGGCUCCCCAUCACUUCCUAAAGAAUGGGGCUUGUUGUAUUUUCUACGGGCAGAGCUCAAGCCACUGGGAAUGAUAGCCCUUGGCACAAAAGUACAGCCAUAAUAUUUUGGCCCAUGUUAUACAGAAGCAAUGAAAAGUUGACAUAUCUAAUCUUGUAAAGUGUUUGUCAUCUUCUAAUAAAGCCAAGUGUGGCAAAUCAGAGAGAGGAGAGCAGGGUUUAAGGCCCAUCAACCCCAAAGAAACUUUUUCUGUUUCUUUCUCCCCCUGAGCCCACUUAAAUAAUUUGAUGAAAGUGUUCAUGCUUUCUCUGACCUCAGAAUGCAGUCUUCCUUGGCUGGUGAGAAGUAGCUGUAUCUUUGUAGCCCUCCUCAUUGUGUCUUAGACAUGGGGGCAUGGUGGACACUUUCCACGUCAGCUCAAAGAUGAUAAAAAUCAACCAAAGCCUCCCACUCAUGCUGGCUUCUAAGUCUUGGUGAUGCCCAAGGAAAUAUUCUGGAUGAAAUAACUACUCAGAGACAGUCUUCUUGGGACACUUAAUGCUCAUCAAAGAGGAAUUAAUUGAUGCUGUAGAGAAACCCAAUCUUCCAGCCUUGAUACUGCCCUCACGGAAGCUGUUGCCUUCCUCCCAUGCUUGUUUAAUGGAAAUAGAAAAUAGCCAAUGGUAGUUGCUUAUCAGUCCUAGUUGUUGAGGGAUUUCCCUUGGUGGUAUGUACCCUGCAUGUUGGCCAGUGCUCUCCAGACAGACAAGAGAAGUUAUUGGAUGAAAGAUAACGGCAGUCACAAUAAUUUGGUGCUUUCUACCCCAUAGUCAGAGCACACUUUCUGAAAACAGACUAAAGGAAGCUCUCAUUCUUUGUGAAGGUCGUGAGUAUCAAUAAGUUGAGAGUUUGAGGACCAGUUGGUGCUUGGUGGACUGGGAGUGGAGCUUAUGCUGAGGGCAUAAGGGGUAGUUACUUAUGGAAUGUGGGGAAAGUUGAGGUCUCUGGAGAUGACAUCAGUUCAUAAGGAGAAAAAGGAUUUGAAGGCAAACAGGAAAACAGAACCUCGCAGUUUCUGAGUUUCAUGCAGUGAGGCCACCGAUACUUGAUACUAUUCAGCUCCAGCAAUCUAGGUAUUAUUUUACCUGCCCAGUGGUUUGUGUCCCAUGUUCUGGCAGCAGCCAAACAUGGUGAUUUUAAAGAAAUAAAAUACACAGCAUGUUUUUUUUUUUAAUUCAUAAUUUGGCAAAUAAUAUCAUCUGCAUUUUUAAAUUUUAUAAAUGUUUAUUUUUGUAUCUUAUGGAACAGUCACAAUUCUCCUGUUUCUCUGGCCACCCUCAUAUUUCCUCCAAUUGUCUUUAGUUUCAUGAAGUGUCAGCUGGUGAUGCUUCUGUCAUGAAGCCCAUGACCUCUCAGACACCUCCCCGGAUUCUGCCCAUUCUGUCUCGGCUGCUGGCAUUGGGGUUAGGCCCAGAGUAAAGUUUUCACUGUGAUGACUGGCCAAUUUAGCAUCUCUUUAGAACAAUGUAAAUGUUUGGGCUUUGAAAAGAGAAGAGUUUAAACACACCUUAGCCUCUUUGCCUGUUAUACAGAACUAAAACCCUUUUGUUUUUUAGAAGAGGGAUUUUUCCAUUUUUCUUUCAAAAAGAAAUGGAUUAAAUACUGCCGGGCAUCCAGUUAGAUCCUACCUUUCUUCCCCUGAAGUCUAGAGCUCUUUGCAGUAUUAAGAAGUAUUAGAAACCUCAGUGCUCUGCUCCAAACCCAGAGCAGUGAGUCAAUUGGCCUUUUGCUUUAAAGUAUUUGAGAGUGAGAUAGUAAGUACUUCUUUUGCUCCCCUGCCCAUCCCUGGGGCAUGUGCAAAGCUAACCUCCAUAGGCAAAUUCUUUUAUGCUUUAAUUCUGUGAUUCAAAUGAAGUGCUUCAAUCCCCACAGCCCAUCAGCUUUGGUCGCCUGGUCUCAGGAGGCUGGACUAUUGCAUGCUCCUGAUUUCAUUUCUGUGCAGUUGAAGGGGUUGGCUCACUGGUUCCCCUCAAAUUUAAGUGUGGGGGUAGGGCUUUCAGCAAAGGCACUGGAUCCCCCGCUGACAUUCUUUCAGUCAUUCAGAGUCAAUGAUCUUAAGCCACUGUCAACUAACUAGGGGGAUCGUCUCCUGAAUAGAAAGGUAGGGAGUUCACCAGACAUUUAGGUUUCAAACGAAAACAUAAGAUCCUUCCAGAAACAUUUGCUCUCUGAUCUGGGGCCAAAAAUUUGAUGCAAAAUCUAUGGAAGGAAAUUAGAAAUUUUAGACCUUGCACUUUGAGGUUCUUUUCUCGUUGGUGCAUGUUUGCUAUACUGCAAAGACUGGUUUCACAUGGAAAAGGAAGGGCCCCCAAGAUAGCCCACUCGGAGCUCCCUUUCCUGGAUCACAGUUGGCAUAUUGGUCCAGCAUCAGGUGUGACAUCUCUGUGCAGCAGAGAAAACCCCACGAUGGCUUCUGAUAUCUGGUUACCUUUCCGCAUUUUCAUUAUUUGCCAGUUUGGGGUGUUUCACCAGGAAUCCAAACAGCCAAUAUUGGUCUUUGUGUUUUUGUUUGUUUGUUUUUGUUUUCUUGUACUAUCAGAAGACCUCCUGUACACUGAAUCUUGUGCCAAAUGUUUUCUUUCAGAACCUGCUGUUGUCAUGGAGGGAUUCUACUUUCUAUGUGUAUGUUUUAUCUUCUCUUCAGGGGCUUGAUUUUUGCUGUUGCCUCUGUGUCUGUUGGCUUUGGGAUGGCUAUUCGUGUUUUCAGUGCUAAUUUAUAAAAAGGGAAAUCUAUUAGUCAUGGCUAUGUCGAGCCCCCGUUGUACUAGAAUGAAACCCCAUCAUACAGGGGCCUUUUAAAUGUUUUUUUUUUCUUUUUUUAAACUGAGAAACAAAGCAGGAUAAAGUCCAAGAUGGAAAUGGGUCAGUUGUGGGCAGCAAACAUACAGGCAAAGUGAAAGUAGUAUGGUUGAGUUUCCCUGGAUGCUGCUCUUUUAUCUGAAUGCCUUUUUUAUUUACACACAUACAACUAACUGCUAUCCCUCCAAAAGGAGCAAACCCAUUUAGGAUCAGAUGACAUUUACUUAUUUAUUUUGUCUACUUAGAGUCAGAAAAGUGACUAUGGAAAGUGAUUCCCCUUUCCUAUGUCUCCAGUGGUGCCUGCAGGUCACGAAGCCAUAUUUACUUCCCUUUUAUUGACACCAGCAUAUCUUUCUUCCUCUGGGCCCUAUGCCAAAGGGGAGCUGUCCUGUUAAUGCUGCAAUGAGCAGAGUGUCAGCUAAAUUCCUCUUCUUUCUGGGGUAAUGAGAGACUGUUAGAAAUAUGGAGAAAUACUCAAAUCGAAGGCGCUCCUUGGUGCUGCCAAUCAAAUCUAGUCCUCAGAAAUGAUUCAACAGGGUCUAGAGAUAUCAACCAGGGAUGAGGAAACCAGGACACUCUUCAAAAGAGUCACUUUUCUGAUGAAAGUUGCACUUUAAGACAAAAAAAGAGUGGUGUCUCUAAAGAGCAGUAUUGCCUUAAAUUCGUUUGACUUCUUAGUCAAACAUAUCCGACUUCUUAACUGUGAGCCCCAGCCAACUCUCUAGUAUUUAUGCUCAUGGAGGGCGGGGGCAGCCCCUCCAUUACUUAGGAUGUCUUCCUCCUGGGAGCUGCAAGCAUGUCACAAAGUGUACUGUUGUGUAGUUCAUCCCCAUGCAUUUCAUUUCUCUGAUCUUUCGAAUUAAUUGUUCAAUGAAGAAAUACCUGUUGGAGGAAGAAAUUCAAUUCCAUUGUAUACACAAUUAUGAAGGGGCUAAUAGGUAGCAGUCAUUAUUCUUGGUACUGAGGAUACAAAUAUAAAAGUGAAACAGUCCCUGCCUUCAAGGAGCUUAUGUUCUACUGAGGAGAUACAUGUAAACAGUAAGAAAAUAUAAACUGAAGGAAUGCAGUGAUACCUUCAAGAGGUAGAAAUGUUCAGUGACCUGAGUCUCACAUUUCAGAUGAUUGGUUCCAGAAUAAUUGAGUUUUGAUUGCAUUCAUUAAGACAUCUCUUUAAGUUCUUUGUUUUCUUUUUAGUGGUUUCUUACUCACCUUAGGAAGGUGGGAAUGAAUGAACUCAUUUUAUUUCAAGUGGAAGAAUUGUGAAUAUAAAGAAGACCCCCACCAUUAUUUCUCAUAGACAAAAAUUGGCCAAAUUUUUUCUCAGAUGGAGUGAACCCGAGUUUAUUUUGAAAGGUUCUUUUGGUGCCACAAAAAAAAUACAUAUAUAUAUAUAUAAAACUGUGUAAAUAAUCAGUUUCACCCACUAAAAUGUGUGUAAUAACUAUUGCUCACCUCAAUAUGCUGUGAAUGCCAUCCAGUAGCAUUACCUGGUCUCACGCUCACUAUUGCAUUUGUAGGACUGGGAACUCAUAGAGCAGUUUGCAAGCCAUCUGUAGCUUUGUUUUCAUGAAAUAUUAACCCUUACACAUGUGUGAGGCAGGGAGUGCCUUUGCAUCUAUGCUUACUUUCAACACAAUAGCUAUUAAGGAGCUCACUUAAAGUAAUGUCAUGUUGAACGUUUGUUUCCUAGUAAUCUGGAUUUUUCUGUGAAGGGUAACCGAUCCAUUGAAUGACUAGAGGGGACAAUCACAUAGGAUUUCUGAACUGCCACCUUUCUAGAAAGACAGAAGGGGCAGCAAGGAGAUGCAUAUUAGGAAAGAAACACUUUGACCCUGCCCGAAGGAGUGAUUUUGUUCUUACUAUUUAGGGAUUUCAGUCCUACAGUUGCCCAGCACCUUCCAAAGAGUUUCCAGCUAUUGUGUUUCAAAAGACACCUUUUAACUGCAUACUUCUUUUCCUAUUCUUGACUAAAUGGUUCUCUGAGACUCCUGAAGCUGUCACUUUGGCCCUGGUAAAGCAUAAGCCAAAUUACUUAUUUCAGUAAUCACAGCACAUCCCAUAAGGCUCUAGUUACAGCUUAUUGCCUGCUGGCUAAAAGUUGGAAUAAGUUUUAAUUUCUGAAGGCAUGUGGGAGAAAGGGAGGGGGAGUGGUCUUUCAAAUUGAGGAUUCCUAGGAAGGGGUUUUUGAGAUGAACAUGUGUCUGCCUCAUGCCCUGUAUUGAAAAGUUACUCCAUGAUGGAGUAACUGUGAUUUUCAACUCUGAAGUAUUGGAAAUGGGGAAGGGGAAGGGCAUAGGGCAGGCAUUCUUAGAAAUUUCAGUGAUCAACUGUUACUCAGAUGUGUGUCUUUUCAGGCCCAGAAGCACCCUGACCUAAAAUGACUCACUGUAGACAAUAUGAAAAGAUAUUUACAGAUUGUUAGUUGAUUUUAAAGGACCUCCAUGAAAUUUUAGAAUGUUGAAGUGUUUAAAAUCAGGAUGAAGUAGUACCUGGAGGCCUCAAUGGUAACUCUAUAAGCACCAGCAUAAUGAGCAUCCUUGUAGGGUGUAAUGGAUAGUACUUAGCAGGCCACAGGAAACAUGAAGAAACUAAGUUAGGGAUUUUCAGUAAAGAUACGCCUCCCAAACUAUAUAUUUUUACCUACAGAAAAAUGUGGCUAUGAUGGCCACAUUGUGGGUGGCUUUAGAAGCAGCAGGAAUGAAUGACUGGAUUUCAGGUAUCUUUUUACCUGCAGGUAGGUAGAGAUAGACCUCCUUCCAUUUAUUCCUGCAUGGGGCCAUGGCCAGCAGGUUGGUUGCCAUACACCAUAUACUGGACAUUUCCUUGGUGAGAUAUUAAUAGGAAAAUGCUUGCUGUAGUGUUUGUGACUCUGACCAGAUGUCUCCUGGAUGGCUGGGUGGCAGAGCUUUGUUCAACAUCCUUCUCUAACCUUGCUUGAACUUGGGGCUUCACUCAGUGUAAAUUGCACACUUACAAUAACUCAUCUAUGCAAUCUCUCUCUCUCUCUCUCUCACACACACACACACACAACAGGUCACAUCUUAUUUUUUUUAAUCAAAUUUGACAUUGAAUUUAAUGAAUAAUGUUUUGAACCAAAGGGUCAUAUGUGUGUAGACCAGCCUGCUUUGUUUCCUGAGGUGAACGUUAUUGCCCUCCUCUCUUAAUAAAGUUGUCCUUUUGGUUAGCCACUGCA